AUGUCUGCUUUGCAUAUUUCUGCUAAACAAGGCCAUGUCAAUGUAAUGGAACAAAUUAUUAGUCACAAACCAGAUGCUUGUGACUUGGUUGACAACAGAGGAUGGAAUCUACUUCAUGUUGCCGUUGCAAAUGCAACGCUUAAUGUUGUCAGGUUUAUUCUGAAGACGCCAAGGCUUGAGAGCCUCAUCAAUGCAACGGAUAACGAAGGGAAUACACCUCUGCACGUGGAUGCUGGAAGAGACAAGUACCGCAUCAUAACGAUCCUCGUGAAUGAAAUCAAAGUUCAUAAGAAGGCUCAAAAUCACAACUUCCAAAAGCCGAUUGACUUGAUUCGGACUAAUCCAAAUAUUGGAGAGCUUUACAAGUCAAUGAUUGCAAUGAGGUUGGAAAAACAGGGUGGCCAACCAAGUCUGCGUUCACUUGUCCAUAAAGAAGAAUAUAGGAAGCCCAUAAAAAAGGAUAUAAUCAUAAACAGAGUGGGAGCUAAUAGAGAUAAAGAUCAUGAUCAUACAAGUAAAGAAGUUGGCUAUGAUCAGGACAAAGACGUGAAAUCUAAUAGACUGAAGAACAUAUCUACCAUUCAUCUACUGGUGGCAACUCUCAUUGCAACAGUGACUUUUACAGCAGGUUUUACAAUGCCUGGAGGGUUCGAACAAAAUGAAUCAUCAAGAAAGGGCUUGGCAUUGCUAUCUGACAAUACAUAUUUUCAUCUGUUUGUGAUAGCAGAUUCAUUAGCCUUCUACUGCUCCUCUGCCUCAGUUUUCUUGCAAUUUUGCGCUGCCUCGGAACAUAAUUAUCAUUUGCUCUUACGUUUUACAAAAGUUUCUGCAACUCUCACUUAUAUUUCUAGCCUUGGAAUGGUUGUUGCUUUUACUUCAGCCUUGCACGCUGUCAUGCCUGGUUCCUCAAUGCUAGCAUAUUAUACUUUUGUAUCAGAAAUUAAUGCUCACAAUCCUGAUGGUUGUGACUUGGUUGAUAACAGAGAAUGGACUCCUAUCCAUGCCGCCAUAACAAACAAGAAGCUUAAUGUUGUCAGGUACAUAUUGAAGAGGCGAAUGCUUGAGAGCCUCAUCCAUGCAGCGGAUAACAAAGGGAAUAUGCCUCUGCAUGUGGCUACUGGAAGGGACAAGUACAGCAUCAUAACGAUCCUUGUGAAUUAUCUCAAAGUUCACAAGAAGGCUAAUAAUCUCAACUUCAAAAACAUCAUUGACUAG